AUGGAAAUCAUGGUGCUGAUGAUCGUGAUACUGAUACUUGCGGUCAUUAUUGGCAUAUUGUGGGUCGUGAAAUUGAAAGGGCUGUUGAAGGCUCAUCUGGGCCGCUCCGAUGAUCCUGCCGACCCAGGCCAUGAGAGCAAGGCUCUUCGCGCCCGCAAACAUGCGCUUCGCAACCGUCACAUUGCCUUGACGAAGCGAUCCAGGGCCAUUAAUGAUCGACUCAGUGCUCAUAGUCGCAAAGAAGAUGCCCUCACCAAAUUUAUUCAUUCGACAAUGCCGUGUGCACGAGAGCUUGAUGCUGCAAUCUUUGUCCAGCUGCGAGCUAUCACAUUUGAGAAGGGUUCGAUCAUCUUGGAAAUAAGAGAAUUGCAGGCCGAAUGGAUUAUUUACAAAAGUGAGCUGGAGGCCCUCCAGACAAGAUGGUCAAAUUCCUAA